AAAAACCGGAUAUCGUGGUUCGAAGCCACUAAGCACAACACAAGUCAGAUGUUCACGACAAUGGAGAGGAAAAAUAAAGGGAGCCCGACUCAAAUCGUUUUGCGGUAGAAAAGUGUAGGCGAAAGGAGGGAAGCGACACGCCAGCCUGCUCUUUGGAGGCGCGGCCUCGGCGAAGCCAAUCCGCUCGUAGCUUCAGGGAUGCGCACCGCCCUUUUUCCUUCCUGUACGGUUCCUUUAAGUAGUCACUGAUCUUUCCGACCUGGCAGUAACAGUCCUGGACCUGUGUGGGACGUGCGGUGGUCUCUACGAUGAAACGCAGCUCAUUGGCUCUCUCCGCUUGGAAGCGGUCCCUACCCCUUUCCCGCUCCCUUUUGGGUUGUGCAACCCUGAGCGAAGCCAAAGCCAACACCCGGGCGGCAGGGAGGCGGGCCUUCAGGAUGCCAUUGGUUUCUAGGCUCGCCGGGUGGGACGUGCAGCCGCCCUUGUUGCUCAUUGGUUUUGUGAUUUCUUGGGUGGAACUUGGCGGAGCCUGAACUCUUUCCGUGGCGCGGUACACGUUUCAGGUACGGCUGCCAUGCGUUCCGGAGGCCGCGGGCGGCCCCGCCUGCGGCUCGGCGAACGCGGCCUCCUAGAGCCGCCUUCACUGCCCAAGCGCCGCCUGCUGCCGCGGGUGCGGCUUUUGCCCCUGCUGCUGGCCAUGGCCGCGGGCUUGGCGUUCUACAUCAUCUGGAGUGGCUGGUACCGCGGGACUGAGGAGCUGUCAAGGGCCCGGGAUUUGCGGGCUCCACUGGUUGGAAACCUCCCAGAAGCCAAGCUGCGGACGGUGGUGGCACAACUGGAUCCGCAGAGGCUCUGGGUCACUUAUCUGCGUCCUCUGUUGAUUGUGCGGCCCCCGGGUAGCCCUGGUAAUCUCCAAGUCAGAAAGUUCUUGGAAGCCACACUGCGGGCCCUGCCAGCUGGCUGGCAUGUGGAGCUGGAUCCCUUCACAGCCUCAACACCUCUGGGGCCACUGGACUUUGGGAACGUGGUGGCUACGCUGGACCCAGGGGCAGCCCGUCACCUUACCCUUGCCUGCCAUUAUGACUCGAAGCUCUUCCCCCCGGGCUCAGCCCCAUUUGUGGGAGCCACGGAUUCAGCUGUGCCCUGUGCGCUGCUACUGGAGCUGGCCCAGGCCCUAGAUCUGCCGCUGAGCAGGGCCAAGCAGCAGGCAGCCCCAGUGACCCUGCAGCUGCUCUUCUUGGAUGGUGAAGAAGCGCUGAAGGAGUGGGGACCCAAGGACUCUCUCUAUGGCUCCCGGCACCUCGCCCAGCUCAUGGCGUCUAUGCCCCACAGUCCUGGCCCCACCAGGAUCCAGGCCAUUGAGCUCUUUAUGCUGCUUGAUCUCCUGGGAGCCGCCAGUCCAACCUUCUACAGUCACUUCCCCCCCACAGUCCGCUGGUUCCAUCGGCUGCGGAGCAUUGAGAAGCGUCUACACCGCCUAAACCUGCUGCAGGCUCAUCCCCAGGAAGUGAUGUACUUCCAGCCUGGGGAGCCGCCCGGCUCUGUGGAAGAUGACCACAUCCCCUUCCUCCGCAGAGGGGUCCCGGUGCUACACCUCAUCGCUACGCCCUUCCCCUCUGUGUGGCACACGCCUGGUGACACAGAGGCCAACCUCCACCCACCUACCGUGCACAACCUCAGCCGCAUCUUAGCCGUGUUCUUGGCAGAAUACCUGGGGCUGUAGCCCUGGGGACCUUACUCAGAGGGAGCAGUGCCCAGAGAAGACAUGCUCAGGGUGCCUGGAGUAGGAGGAGCCAGACUGGGCCUAGCCCUGGAGUGCUGGCUUCGCCUUUUCUACACCUCAGGCUCCUAGGAAGGACCUGCUUUUGAUUCUCCUCAAGCUGCCCCCUUGUCAAGGGACUUGGAAGGGACCAUCAUGGAGGUGACAGCCAGAAGAGUAAGAGCUGGGCCCUUGUCUGAGGUAAACACUUGGUGUGAAGGUUUGCAAGGACCAAAUGCUGUGCUUUGGAUCAGCAAACCGUGGAUGGCGUCUGGACCAGGACCACUCAACUAAAAGAACCCUCUGUCACCUAAGUUUUCACAUCAGUUCAUGCUUAAGAACUGCGGCCUCGCUACUGUGUGAGUCCAAACCGGGCUCAGAAACAGAAACCAAGGAGAUGGUUUCAGCACUCCAGGUUAUGCCUGAGGCAGAGGGCUAUAAAACAGGGCUUUAAGGGGAUUGGAGAUCCAAGUAUCAGGGCAACACACCACUCAGUGAAUCUCCUCGCUGCAUAAUGGGAACUUUCCAGAGUAAGACGCAGUAUGGUGGUUCCCAAAGUAUUUCACCACCGAACCUCUCUAAGCAGCACCUCACAGAACUAGGGUACCUCAGAAGAUACUUUGGGAAACCUGGAUUUGUAAAGUUUGAGAGGCUUUCUGGUCAGAAUGGGUCAGGGCUAGAUUAAUGGCAAAGCAAUUACCCCAAACCAUCCUUUCUGGUGGUAGAGCAAUGAGAUGGUGGCUAUACCUGCAAGGCCAGGGAGGAUGUUCUGCCAGCCCCACCUCUUCUGACUUGGCUGGGGAGCUUAUUAAGAAAUGGAGACUUGACAGUCCCUCUCCAGACUUAUUGAACCAGCACUCCAGGAGGGCUGGGACUCUGCAACAAAUGCCCGAGGGCAUCUAUUGACCAAUUUGGGACCUGGUGUCUUUUUUUCUUUAUACAGAGUUCCACUGUGUAGCCCAGGAUGGCUUCUAGUCUCAGCCUCCUACAUGCUGGGACAUGCUGCCCUUAAGCACACAAUAUGCAUACCCUGCACACAAACCUAGUGAAAAUAAAACCCUUGACGAGGAAGCCAAGUUAGGGCGCAGCUCUGUAGGAGGGUUAAAAAAGCGGAGGUGAGCUGGGUGUAGUGUUGCACACCUGUAAUUCCUGUACUUGGGAGGCUGAGGCAGGGAGAUUGCUGUAUGUUUUAAGUUUUAU